GGGAUCAUUCGAUCGCCAAUUGCCUCACCUUUAACUAGUCUCUCAGUUCGGACAAUCAAAUUACCAGUCGGUGGAUCACAUUCACUAUCUUCGGGUCGCAUUAGCAGACUUGCUAGUCGAGUGGAUACUAUGUCGAUAGUGGAGACCCGUAGUUUCUAUCGAAUUCCUCCGCCAAUUGCAGUAUCCCCUCCGGGUCUCUUGUUGAAUAUGGAUGAUUGUGCUUUGCCCAAGUCUUUCACUCCUUCUCCAACGCUCAGUUUUAUGGAUGGUGGUGAAGCGCCUUGGUAUCGACUUCAUCGACCUACUGCUCCGAUACAUCCGGCUUCUGACUUUGUAGAAGCGAGUUCUCCUCUAGCAAAUCAGACUCCUGGUACAAGUGUGGGUCUCAAUCUGGAUCAAGAGAAUCUGUCUCCUCCGCAGCCACCUUCUGCGUCUCCAAUCUUUGUUCAACCCCUAACUUCGGUGUCAAAUAUACUCCAGACCCCCGUAAUAUUUGGAGAGCGCCUACCGAAGUGGUCUGUACUCCGUCGGUCUGAGAGUAACCCAUUGUCACCUCCCCAACCAACCCUUCGUUCCUCCGCUUCUGCUGAAUUGCUCAAUCAAAUCUCUCGUUCUUCUCCCUUGAGAGGAGAAGAAGGUCACCCCUAUCAUCUAGUCGCUAACUCUACCGUUACCACAACCGUCUCGUCCCGUGACUCCCCACAAACUCCCCCAAUCUCCGUAUUCGAUCGUCGACGCUCUUGGUUCACAAGUCGAGCUGCUCCUGGUGUAACUCGACCCAGAGUGCUCAAACAUGGCCCUGUGUUGCCUCUGGACAUUGUGGCUUCGCGGAGCAGCGAUCUCAUUUCUCUCAAAAGAUCCGCCACAAAUGGUCUCAACUCUUACGAAGAGUCCGUAAUAAAGAAGAGUCGAAUUCACUCCUUAGUACCCAGUGAACGCAGCGCAUUUCUUCCCGUUGCCCACAGCGGUUGUCGACGGCCAAAUGGCCCUGACGGUCUCAUUGUUGCUUCCUCCACUGUGGCCUCUCCCACUCCCUCAAAUUGUUGCUCAUUCUCAAUGGAUACUGACAAUAACUACGAUGACGACCAAGAAAAAAUUUCUCUGAGUCUUCUUCCGCCACCACCCCUCCCUUCAAACUCCAUCUAG